AUGCAGUCACAAGAGAGCAAGAACAUUCUGGAGGGGUUCUUCAUUGGGCGGGCCCUGGCCGAGACGGUGAACGAGCGGCUGGGGGCGGCACUGGGCGAUGCGCUGGCGGAGUUUGGGAAAUGGGAUGCCGAGACGCGGCAGGCCAUCCGGGAGUUCCAGGAGGAGGUGAUGGAGCGGGCGCAGCGUGAGAUGCUGGCAGCCGCGGGUGCCAGCGAUGCCAGCAGCAGCGCCGCUGGCGGCGGCAGCGGCGGCGGCAGCUCUGUGGGCCUGGGCGGCGCGGCGGCGGCCCCCGACCUGCCUGCCCUGGUGGAUGAGCUGCGGGCCGAGGUGGCGGCCACGCGGGCGGUGGUGCAGCAGCUGAAGCUCAAGCAGCAGCAGCAGGGCCAGCCGCCAUUGAAGCGGUGA